GCCACGCCCCUCUACGAAGUUUUAUUGCGGAAGAAGUUCUGUCAUUUCCCCCAAUAGUUGAUGUUACCGUUGAUCAUACCGUAAACUCCUUGCACCGAAACAAGAAUACUUUGCUAUAGGCCUUAUCGAGAGAGAUUGACCAACUUGUUUAAUCGCUCGGGCGGUAAAUGGUGGCAUGGAAGUAUUUGGUGAACGCAUCUGCCAUCACUUUUGAGAAACUAACCUGUCUGACUUCUACUUUGAAAAUGGACACGAACCCUCGUCCCCAGGAGGUCCUCGACUCGUAUGAUGACACCCACCGGCCGAAGCGGCGCUGGCCACUUGUGCUGCUGUCCUCCGUUUGCUCCGCGGUCGUUGUGUUUGCGGCUGGUGUGAUUUGUGCACUGUUGUACACGAUCCUCAGAGAGCUGCGGGCUGAGCGAGUGACAGUCGACGACGGCACUGAGGUCAGCAUGCUAGGAUUCUGGAGUAUCCUAGUGUUGUCUGCGAUAGCCGGCUGCAUCUGUUGUGUUUUCUCGUUGAGCCUCACCUACAUGGACUCAUACACACCUGGCCAGUCCAACUUCAGGCGUUCCACCGGGCGGUCCUUCCACGUGGGCUACGCAGUGGCGCUCUUGAACGGCUUCAUGGCCUCUCUGGCGGCGGGCUGGACUCUGAGUUAAUAGCAGUCGGCCCCGUUCCUCUCAUUCUACAGCCCUGAACUCCACUCUGCUAGCAUGCAGGGCUGUCAGUCCGGGAAACAGGGAUAUGCUCAUUGCCUUCAAUGUUUAUUUGUGAAUAUACUAAAUAGACGAGAAGUGUCAAAAUCUAUUGGAGAUCUUAUCAAAUGCUUGAGAUAGACCGUUUGGGUUCAUUUGUAUUUUGGUUUUGUUUUAGCGUCAAGCUCGAUUUUGAGGGGAAAGAUAUGCAUGAGUUUAUCUCGCUCUUCUGUUUGGGUGGAGCAGAAUGGAUUUAUGAUCAGUGGUUGUAUGUCAGAGCCAUGGUUUAUUGAAUUAAAGGAGAAUUGUUUUUUAUUAUCUAAACAAAAUGCUGUUUUGAAUGAACUGACAUUUAUAAAGAUACGCUCGAAAUGCCAUCCGAUAGUACCCCAGAUAUUAAUUAUGCACCUGUGGUAAAUAUUAAGAAGUUACAAAUGGAGCCUGGAGUUACAAAUUAAAACGUUUAAAGUGCCAAAUCA